AUGGAUGAAACCAAGAAGCUUAAGCGUAAGCAGCGGCGUCAGUGCCAAAAAGCAAACAAACGUGCCGGCCGCGCCGCCCAGCAGGCCGAAGAGCCCGAGCACAAGGCGGCUCGUGUCGCGGAGCUCAAGCGGGAGCUCCUGGCCGCCGAGAUGGACGCGGCCCGUGCCGAUGCUACGAUUGCCCGUCUGGCAGUGGCAGAGAAGAAGGAGCAGCUUCGUGCUGCUGUGAAAGGGCGCCCUGCGCCCAAAACCCCGGAGAAGGGCCCCGCAGCCCCCGAGCACCCUGCUGCCGGUGACGCGCCGCCCGCCGGUCCUGUGGUGUCUCCCGCCCGUGCCGCCACGCCCGCCCGUGCUGUCUUCCCCCCCCACCCCCCGACCGGCCGAUGCGUCCCUGUUUGUCCGGGUGGCCCCAGCCCCUGUAUCCCCCUUGAACGUGCUGGCUCGUGGCUUGGCAUCUGA